AUGGGUCGAAACAGAGUUUUUUCGUUUACGUCUCUAUUUUCUGCGCGCUCACGAUCUCCGUCGACUGCCGCGUCCUCACCUCCAGAGUCACCUGUCACCACCCACAAGCGAACGCCCUCGGAUCCUUUCCCAGACCACGAGAUCUCGCACCAGCAGACCCCUUUACCUCCCAAGCAGGCAGAAUAUUAUGGCAGCUCAGUAAAUAGCUCGCCCCGAUCAAGCACUCACCGACACCACCGCAGCUCUUCUUCUCGAUCCUUCUCGCCCACCGACGAGCGUCAACCGCCCCUCAUGGAGCCCACCACCACCGAGGACGUCGUCCCCGAGCUGCUUCCCAUCUUCUCCUUUCUCAACAGCCAUGCCAAUAAGCUCUACCAAGAGGGCUACUUCCUCAAGCUGGAAGAUCAAAACACUCAGGGCCGCCCCAACGCCGAUAGAACAUGGACCGAAUGCUUUGCCCAGCUUGUUGGUACCGUCUUGUCCCUUUGGGAUGCUGCCGAGCUUGAUGCUGCCGGCGAGGACGGCGAAGUCUUGCCCAAGUUCAUUAACCUCACAGAUGCCUCUAUCAAAAUGAUUGAGUCGCUUCCUACCCGCGCACAGGGAGAGCAACCGUUGCAAAAUAUUCUGAGCAUUUCGACGGCUGGAAAGAACCGCUACCUCCUCCACUUCAACUCCCAUCACUCCCUCGUCCAGUGGACUGCUGGCAUCCGCCUUGCCAUGUACGAACACUCGAUCCUGCAGGAAGCCUACACUGGCUCUCUUAUCGCCGGUAAGGGUAAGACGCUUAACAACAUCAAUGUCAUCAUGGAGAGAGCCCGAUUCAAGACCGAAGCUUGGGUUAGAGUCCGCUUCGGCGCUGGCGUCCCCUGGAGACGAUGCUGGUGUGUCAUUUCCCCACCUGACGAGAAGGAGUAUGCCAAGCAGCAGAAGGAUCUCAAGAAGAGAUCCGCGUAUGACCGUUCUGCUGUCCCCAAUCUUAAGGGUGACAUCAAGUUUUACGACACAAAGGUGGAGGGCAAGAAGCAGAAGAAAAUGCAACCCAUUGCCACCAUUACCGAUGCCUUUGCUGCCUAUGCAGUCUACCCCGAGGCCAAGGCGCUUGUUGACGCUUCUACGCUUAUCAAGGUCGAGGGCAACGUUGGAAUUCACACAGAUCCCCCAUCAUCCUCGGAAGGCUUCGUUUUUAUCAUGCCCGAAACCCACCCCAUGGUUACAGGUUUCGAGAUGCUCCUCCGCUUCUUGUUCCCUACAUGGGACACAUUUGCGCUCUACGGACGACCCGGCAAGCUGGUAGCUAGCACUCUCGACCAGCGUUCUCUCAUGUUUGCCAUGCCCAAGCACAAGCGCUAUGGCUAUCUCGACAUGUCAGAUGUCACUGAGCUUAUCAACGACAAGAUGAGCCCAGCCUGGUCAGAGCGAGACUGGCGAAAGAAGCUCAAGGACUCCACUGGCGUGAGAAUGAAUGCCAUUGAAGACGGAAGCCGCCCUCAAUCGCGAUCUGCGAGCCGCACCAGCGGCCAUGGCCCGGCUUCGCCUCCUGCCCGAAGCAAGGUUGGCUUUGCUGACGACCAACCCGCCAGAACCGACUCUGCACCACCCAACACUGGCAACUGGCAAUCCCCCGUCAUGGGUGGCGCCGGCCGCAACGCUUCGGAUCCCAACCUAGCCGCUGCCGGCCAGCCGCCUCUUCGUGGACCUUCGCCCCUCGCUGGCCCCGGACCUGACAGCACAUCUCGCUUUGCCCCUGGUGAUCGCGCAAACAAGGCCUACCAUUCGCCAGAGCUCCGCCGCGCUAACAGCCGCCUGUCGCAAAACACACUGGCACAAAUGGCGGGUGCCAGCGCCAACGGACUCAACAACUUUUCUCAGCAAAACGACCCAACCGCUACCCAAGGCCGACCCGGAGAGGUGAUGGCAGGGUCUGGUCCUUCGGUACAUUCAAAUGCUGCUCUGUCUGAUUCGUACGCUAACACGAAUGGACCUCGUCCAGGUCUAAACGGCCCCGGGCCAAAUCGUAUGCCUGGCAACCAGCAACCAUCUCCCGGCCCUAGCCAAGGCCCCCGUUCUCCUAUGCCACCUGGUGGAUUCAACUCGCCCAACGCUGGCAUGCAAGGCUCACCAUCUCGCCCUCCUCAAGACGGCGGCCGCCCAUAUCCCGGAGGACCUGGACCCCAAGGACCUCCUGGCGGCCCCGGACAGCGACCUCCACCUCCUCCGGGCCACGGACCCGGCCCUGACGGUUAUCGUCGUGGACCUCCACUAGGUCCAGGAGGCCCCGGAGGUCCCGGACCACAGGGACGUCCAGGCCCAGGCAACGACCAAUAUCGCCGAGCAAUUCCCAUGCGUGGACCUCCCCCAUCCGCUGAUGACAUUAUUGAUUCGUACUCGGAUGCUGGCGGUCCUCCUCCUGGCCGUGGCCCGAUGCCUCCUCCUCAUGGUAGACCUCAUCCCCCACCGGGUCCUCCUGGGCCUCCUGGCCAGCGCCCGUACACACCAACAGGCGGACGCCCAGGUAUGGGUGGUCAAGGACCACCUGGCAGACAAUAUAGCUCUGAUGAGGUUGUUCGCAAGCCGAUGCCUGGUCCGGGAAUGCAGCAAGAUCCGCGCCAAAUGGUGCCGAGACAAGGUCAAGGACCAGGAGGAGCGCACCGAGGUGCAGCCCCCCCUCCUCAAGGCCAGUACGGAGGCAGCCCUCACGCUCCGUACCAAGGGCAAGCCUACUAG